UGCUUUCGUCCAACAGUGUGUUCUACAGCCCUGGCCUUACUAAGUAUCUCCAAUUGAUCGCUGCCUUUCAUCAGACCUACGACAUCACCAGGAGACAUGGCAGCUCAGACCAAUUCGAACCCUAACGCUACCGCGACCUCAGAGCUCCAAUCCUCUCUCCGUGAUCUCGCCCUCACCAACAAAAGUCCCGUCAAAGACAUUGCCCGGCCGUCAAUACUACCCCCAUCCGCUCUUAAGAAGAAAGCUGCGCCGGUGGCAGAUUCGUGGGAAGAUGAAGUAGACGAGGGUGUCUCCGAACCAGAAGAGUCAAGCGACCCGAAGUCUGCCACAAGCUCUAGAGACGAACUGGCCGUGCUAUCGCCGUCGAUCCGUGCCUCCGAAGGCCCUCUCGAUCCGCCGCCUACCCCACUCUCUCCACAAACAUCCUCAACCCUGCCGUGGCCUAGUUACGGUAACGCCGGGCCGGUGCCGCGGUCAUCGGACGCCAAGUCCCCUGUGUCAGGACGACGACCAGAGAAGCAGACGGCGGUAGCGAACAGAAUGAUUGCGGGAGCACUGGGCAUUCGGGCCCCCAAGCGGACGGAGGAGCAGCGUGCCUAUGAUCGGGCUGUGAAGGAACAAGAGAUCAAGAGGAGGAACAGAGAGCGCGAGGAGGCCGCCAAGGUAAAGGAGGAAGAGGAGAAGGCUAAGGCGGCGGUAUGGGAUGCGUGAUUGCUCUUCCAGUUUCCGUUGAUAUAAGGCGUUCUUCUUUGUUAUUAUCAGUCACACAUACUAAACUAAUUGAAC